AUGAAAACGAAAGAAGAAUUGAAAAGUAUCGUUAAAUCGUCAAGGGGUGCGCCUAGCCUAGUUAGGCUAGGAGACUUGGAUCUUAAUAGGGUCGACGAUGGUUCAGAACACAGAGAAUACUCAGUGGCAGAUAUAAUCGUUCACGAAAAUUACCGACCACCUGUAAAAUACAACGAUAUUGCUUUGCUUAAACUCAAUAGAGAAGUUGAAUUUUCUAAAUUUAUAAGACCUGCUUGCUUAUGGACUAAAUUCUCUACUGGACAAGACAAAGUUAUAGCCACUGGUUGGGGAAGAACAGGAACUGGCGAAGAGCAAAGUGAUAGACUCUUAAAAGUUGGGCUUAGUGUAUUCCACAAUUCUGAAUGUGAUAGAACAUUCCCAACUACUAUGCAAAUAUAUCGCAGGGCACUACCACAAGGCAUCACCGAUAAAAUGAUGUGCGCAGGAGAAAAAAAAGGAGGAAAAGAUACUUGCCAGGUAUAUAUUUAUCAAUUACACACAAAUUCUGAGAAAAAAUAUAAUCAAAAUAAGAACUCCAAAAAAUAAAGUACUUAUUACGAA